AUGGUUCGGCUCGCAUCUCCGGCCGCUUCCAAGAUUGCCUCUAUCACCUUGCAGGUGUCUGCAGAAGAUAAUGUGCAUGCCUUGGUCUCUGGACACCCUUCAUCCGACGCUAAUGUGCCGUUCGUCUAUGCCAUUGACAACCACGUCGCGGAAGUGCAUCGCCCGAAACCAUGGACACAGGCCUUUCGCAUCGGCGACAGCUCCUCGUUUGGCUGCUCUGGGCUGCUCUACGCCCGAUUCAGGUUGAGAUCAAAAUUGGAUUGCGGCUAA